GCACGAUGGUACGAGUUAUUACAGGUUCUCUCGUUGAGUGCGAUCCUUCGAUUAGAGCUUUGAUCCUCCAGAUCGAUUCGACGGAGCAUGACAUCGUGAUACAGGAGCUGGAUGAUACACAUUUGCUCAUAGAUAAGAGUAAGGUGGAGUACGUGAAGACCAUGCUUAAUAAGCUUCUGGCUGCUAAUACUUAUAACCCAUUGGACGAUGAGGAGAACAAUGACCACUGAAGGUCGUACACUACACUCCAGGAUACUGUACUGGUGUCAAUUCACUAUAUUUGUUGGGUUCUACUCUUCAAUGGCCAGCUUGUCCAGAUCAUGAGAGGUUUGAAACUCAGGUGUAGAUUCAAACAUCUUUGCAACAAUCUGUCCGAUGAAGGCGAUCAUCAUGUCGACCUCUACUAACCCUUCAACUUUCGAGGAAAGAUUGUGGUAGUAAUCCUCGUAAUUCUGGACGAGAAGUUCCUGGAUCCCAUCGAUGAGUGCGGUUAUGACAUUUUCAUCAUCGAUGAAUAGCUCAAUCUGCUGUUUAAUACGAGGAAGUGUCGCUUCAAUAUUAUCACGUAGUUCUCUCGAGUCAUCAAGG